CGCCCUGAACCCAAGAAACACUGGAACAGAAUCUCGUAGCCAUUGUUGGAUACCCGAAGCGAUCGUUACCUUCUCGCUCGGACGGUGUGAAAAAUACUCAUCGAAAAAAAAACGAUCCCCCCGAGUGGAAAAAAUCCCGUUCCCCACACCGAUUCCCCGAGAAAAUCCGUCGAAACCCUUUCCAAUAAUGAAGAACAAGUGUCCCCUGAAUUCGUUAAAACCCCGCGCGUCGUGUUAAGUUGAACUGAACGUUACCACGGCGUUUAUCGAGUGAGACAGACGCAUUCGUAAAAGUGAGUGGUAGUGACAAACGGUGGGAGAAACAACUUCGGGGUCGGCCAUAAUACCCAAACGGACCAACCAAACUCAUCAAGGGAGAAAGCGCUUGUGGAAUUAUCGGCGUUAAGGCGUUAGUGCGUGUGUGUGUCCAACAAUAGCCAGUGAAUUUGUGAAAUUUUUUAUUGAUAAAUACUGUGUGCACGACUGAUUUUUGGAGUUUUUAAUGGGAUUUUUAAGCAGAUGUUUCUAUCUCGAAUUGCGGGUGGAGUACUGGGGUUAACCGUUGGUUUCCAGGGCUGACAUAUCAAGUAACUACCUUCUGGUAGGCUAUUACUUGCUGUUAUGCCUCAACGUGAUCGUCAAGAAUUGGUAGAAGUGUCUUCGUAAAGGAAUUUUCAUGUACAACAAUGAUCAAUUGUAUCAUUGUCACCUCAAUUGUUGAUGAAGCCUCGUAGCAUUGAGCAUCAACGUAAGGCAGUUAACUGCUACAUUGCAUUUAUGUACCAUUUAUGUCGGAAAGAAACGAAGCAACCAUGCAGCAGCAGGUGGACACCAAUUCGCAGAACAACUCCUUAGACGUGGAGGAGCGCGAAAGGCUGUGUAAUAUACCGAAGACAAGCGCCCCUGGCACAACGACAGGAGCAAAAUUUGUACCUGCGAAGACUCCACCGCCCCGCGAUGAGCCGACAGUCGAGCCGGUCAAUGGCAUUGUCCAGCCACCUGUGGUACCACCACCCACGAGGCCAGGAAGAGUGACAAAUCAACUUCAGUUCCUCCAGAAAGCUGUCCUAAAACCAGUAUGGAAGCACCAGUUUGCCUGGCCCUUUCAGCAGCCGGUGGACGCGAAAAAACUCAAUCUACCGGAUUAUCACAAGAUAAUAAAGCAACCGAUGGAUCUGGGAACGAUAAAGAAACGCCUGGAGAAUACGUACUACUGGUCAGCGCGAGAGGCUAUCCAGGACUUCAAUACAAUGUUCAGAAAUUGUUAUGUUUACAACAAACCGGGGGAGGAUGUUGUUGUUAUGGCACAAGCACUCGAGAAACUGUUUCUAACGAAGGUAGCACAAAUGCCCCGAGAGGAGAUGGAGCUAGAGGCACCAGUGACAAAAGGUCCAAAAGGGAAGAAAGUGGGUCGUGUGGCGCCCCUGCCAGGCCCCCCAGCGCCGGGAGCAGUGCCAGGUCCAGUGGCAGGUGUUGGUAGAGGUCGUCCAUCGUCAGGUGCAGCGACAGUAUCCUCAAGUGUGCCCAACAGUCUCCCACCAACGGCCACAACAACAGGCACAACUGGCGCUGUACCAAUGCCCCCAAUUGGCACCCAAGCACCACCAACUGUUCCUGGUAGCACCAAUACCACGACAAUAGCUCCACCACUGACUAUAAGUGUUAUACCAAUGGCAACACACAACUCUUUACCCCAACAAGUUGUACCACCAGCCACUGGUUAUCAUGCACAACCGGCCAUUGAACCACCAACACCACCAGUACAACCGACACCUCAGGUAGCAGCAGCACCCACUGUUCUGCCACCAUCUCAACCAGCUAAACUCAAAAAAGGGGUUAAGAGAAAGGCGGAUACAACUACACCCACUGCUAAUUCGUUUGAACCUAUGUAUCCACCGAUGGACUCGAAAAUUGCUAAAAUACCAACGAGGAGGGAGUCUGGGAGACAGAUCAAGAAGCCAUCGAGGCAAGCGGAAGACGGCCUUGUGCCAUUCCAUCAGGCCAACAUGCCCCUCAUGGGAGCAAUGGCCCAACAGCCUCAACACGCGAGUGGAAAGUCGAAGGAGAAGCUCUCGGAGGCACUGAAGUCCUGCAACGAAAUCCUCAAGGAGCUUUUUUCAAAGAAGCACUCGGGCUAUGCGUGGCCAUUUUACAAGCCAGUUGACGCCGAGCUACUAGGUCUCCACGAUUACCAUGACAUCAUAAAGAAACCGAUGGACUUGGGCAGUGUGAAGACGAAAAUGGACAGCAGAGAGUACAAAACAGCUCAAGAAUUUGCUGGCGAUGUCAGACUCAUCUUCACAAAUUGUUACAAGUACAAUCCACCUGAUCACGAUGUCGUGGCGAUGGCCAAGAAGCUCCAGGAUGUUUUCGAGAUGAGAUUUGCCAAGGUCCCUGACGAGCCCAUGGGCAGGAUGAUGGCGAUGAAGGGUAGCAGCAGUAGUGGCAGCAGUUCAGGGUCUGAUUCGUCGUCAGAGACUGAUGAUUCUGAGGCUGAGAGAAGAGAGAGGCUAGUUGCACUUCAGAAAGAGCUUAAAGCAAUAUCCGGACAGAUAGAGAAGCUCGUAGAAGAGUCAGACCGUAAGAAGGGUAAGAAAAAGAAGCCAGAGAAGACGAAACCAAAAUCCCUGAAUCGUGCCCCAAGCAUGGGUAGUCACAGUGGUGCCAUGGAAAAAUUGAUGAAGCCCAAUGUUGGAAUGGCAAACGUAACAGACAGUGUCAAUGCCAGUAUAGCAAGUGUUGCAAUGGGUGGUGGUGAUCUUAAACUACCAUCAGGUAUGGCUGUUAAUGUAGGUAUGGUUGUGCCUGAUCAUCAUCAAGGAAUGUCAGCAGGUGGUGGUAAGGCACAUGCAACAGCAGCAGCAAGUGCCAAGCAGACUAAAACAAAGAGCAGAGGUCCAGGUAAGGCAGCUGCCCAGAAUGCAACUCAGAAGAGACCAAAAACAAAUAGCAGAUCGGCUGGUACAAAGAAGAAAAAUGCAACAAGUCAACCACCACCAAUAGCUUUUGACUCUGAGGACGAGGACAAUGCUAAGCCAAUGUCUUACGAUGAGAAGAGACAGCUGUCACUGGAUAUUAAUAAAUUGCCUGGCGACAAGUUGGGGAGGGUUGUGCAUAUUAUUCAGUCGAGGGAGCCAUCGCUCAGGGACUCGAAUCCUGAUGAAAUCGAGAUUGACUUUGAGACGCUCAAGCCGUCGACGCUGAGGGAGUUGGAGAGCUAUGUGGCUUCCUGCUUGAGGAAGAAAAUUCAUAAGAAGUUGAGUGGAAAGAGCAAGGAUGAGCAGAUGGCUGAGAAGAAGCAGGAGCUUGAGAAGAGGCUGCAGGAUGUCACUGGACAACUGGGGAAUGUUAAGAAGGCACCUAAGAAAGAGGACAGCAGUAAAUCAGUGGACGUGGUUGGUCCAGGUGGUGCGAGUGGUCCAUCCCGGCUUUCAGCAUCAAGCAGUAGCAGCAGUGACAGUGAUUCCAGCAGUAGUUCACUAUCAUCGAGCUCCAGCGAUUCGAGCGACAGUGAAGCAGGUAAUUCAACAAAUCGUCCACCUCGAAAGAAAGCGAAGAAGACUGCUGGCAGCGGGAAUCUCACACUACCGGCAAAUCACACGGGAAAUCUAUUGUUGAACAAUCAGACGACCGGAAAUAUAACUGGACUUGUGGUGAAGCCAGUUCUGCCGCCAUCCAAUCAACUGUCAUCGGAUCAAGGAGGUAAUCAAGCAGCAAUAGGUGUGGCAGCAGUGACAGCAGCCCAGGUGAUGCCAGUGGCGAGUCAUGCGUCGAUGCCAGCUCAGCCACAGAGACAAACAGCUCUAGCUACGCCAGCACCAGCUAAAAAACCAACACCUCCACCACCGGCCACGUCCAAUCCACCCACCCCAUCGGUCACUGUGCCGACGCCACCGCCGUCAGUGACACCAACAAGUAUCAACACAUCGGUUCCCUCUCCCGUUGUCACGCAUACGCCCCAGGCACCUGCCAGUGCCUUCCCAGCUGUGACUGCACCCUCGGACGGCGGAGGCAUCAGUCAGCCGGAUAUACUGUCGCCUUACAAUUCAUUAGCAUCAAUACCAACGACUCAGUCAUCAGUGGACGCCCAAAAUAGCGUGAAGAAGGACAGCCACAUGUCGAUGGUGCCGAGUAUGCACCCCCUGACCCCCAACAACACGAGCUUGAACAUUCUCCAGGACAUGAAGAACUCAGUGAACAUGAUGCCAACGUCCUUGCCCUCGAACCUCAAUCUGGCUGGCCUGAACAUGUCCAAUCUUGGGCUGAAUCUCCAGCAGGGAAUCGGCCAAAACCCAAUGUCCCUGCACAAUCAGCUCGAGAGUAUGAUGAAUACACCGAGCAUUCAGAACUCCCACAGCAUGAUGGGAACGUCCCAGCAGCACUCGAAUGGCUUCAAGAGGGACACAUCCCCCCAAAAUUUGCUGAACAACAAUGGCAUCCCUGGGAUCAACAUGGGCAUGGGCAUGGGACCCAUCAGCUCCAUAUUCGAUCCACCCAUGGUUACUAUGCCCAUGAUUCCUCAACUUCCGGCUAAGAAAGAGGAUAAACCGAUCAUUUCGCAGGCGCAAAUGGCACAUAAACCCAUGGAUGCGGGAGCUUUCUUUGCAGAGAUGAAUGCCCUGGGAAUGCCCCCGAUCAGCAAUCAUGGGGGUGGACAGAUGGCCCCUGAGAAGAAGAUGACGCCUCCGGACUCCAAGAACACAGCUGGUAACUUUGCUGCUGCGUUCAAGAACAAGACGGUGGAGCAAAACGUGAAGAACGCCUCGUCGUGGUCCUCCCUGGCGCAGGCCUCGAGCCCUCAAUCGACCGCUGGUAGCAGCAUGAAGACAGCGGCGAGGGACUCCUUCCAAGCGUUCAAGAAGCAGGCGAAGGAGAAGCAAGAGCGCCAGCGAGCCCUGGUGGAGCAGCAGGAGAUGAGGCGACAGCAGAAGGAGCAGGCGGAGAGGGAGCGCCUCAGGCAGGAGAACGAGAGGAGGCAGCGGGAGGAGGAGGACGCCCUCGAGAAGGUCAUGAAGACAGUGACUGAGCAAGGGUCCACCAUCCCAGCUACUACAAGGGCUGAGGAAAUCAAGGUCUCCACUGAGACUGACAGCAGCAGUCCGAGCCAAACGUCAGGGUCUGAUAAGGCUGCUGCCGAGAGAGAGAGGCAGAGGCAACGGGAGCAGGAACGUCGACGUCGAGAGGCGAUGGCGAACAAAAUCGACAUGAACAUGCAAAGUGACUUGAUGGCAGCAUUCGAGGAAACGUUAUAAUAUUCCUCACCCCCAAGGACCAUCUCCAAGGACACUGUCUCGUGCCCUCGCAGCCCCCUCAAGCCCCUCGACCCCCUCAGACUUCGCAACACCAGAAAAAAGCCCAGAAAUUACAUUUGCUGCUGUGUUUUGUGCUCCAAUGGACAAUUCUGGGUGGUGCCCACCCAGUAUGCCCCAAAAAUAAAAAAUAAAAAUGGGGCAAAGACAAUUCUAAACGUGAAGAGUUCUGAAUGAAAGGGGAGAAACGUAAAUAAAUCAUUAAAAACGAUAAAAUGAUCCUAAAAAUGGUGUGUUUGUGUUGUCGACGGACACACGAGUGUGACCCAAUGUAAUUAGUAAAAGAAAUACUUACAAAACGCUACUCUGAUAAUUAAUUGAUUAAAAAAAAAAUUAUAAAAAAUAACGAAACACGAGAAGACGUGGGACAAACGUCUUGGAAACCGAAAUAAUUGUGUUAAGUUUAUCGGUUUUGCUAAGUUUGUACUUUAUGUAAAUUUCGACAGGAAAAAAAUCAUUAAAAAAAUGCAUUAAAAAAAUCAUAAAAUAUAAUGAGACGAGUGAUAUGUGAGAUAGACGAUGAGAGUGUGUGGUGGAAUGGCAGGAAAAAAAUGAGAAAAAAAAUUAAUUCAUUAAUUAGUAAUAAAGGAGAGAACUUAAAGUGUAAUGAUGAUAAGUAUGACGUUGUGUACAUUUAGUUAAGUUUUAUAUUUUUCCACAAUUCAGUCAUUAAUCGUUGGUAGGAGUUUAGUGAAGGUUUGAUGAUUUUCGUUCCUCUGACGAUGAUUAUUCAAUUAUUGGGGAUUAUUAGUUGUCAUUAUUAGGGUUUGAGUGCUAU